AUGAACAUGCAAAUCCUCCACGAAGCUGAAAAAGGAGAUGCGUUGGGAUUGUCCCAUUGUUGCUUUGGUGUUCGCUGCGUCGCCUUCUUUCGAGAUGUGAUUCCUGUCGAGCCCUCAUGUAACAGCCUCUUAAAGAGGGAAAGCAGGAAGAAUGGCAGAAAGAAGGUUAGAAAAGGAGUUGUGGCCGGACCGGCAGGGGCACUUCGCUCCCAGGUGCUAACCGGGUGGAACGAUGCGCAGCGUAAAGGUGCACUGUGCUCUUUUUACUGCUUGAUGAAGCCGCAGAUGAAGGGCACUAGAUGA